UACAUGAGUACUCUUUAAACUGCCAGAAUCUGAAGCAGUCACUAACAGGAUGGCCACCUUUGAGAAAUAUAACAAAAUGGAGAAAAAUGAAACAAAGACUGAAGAGAAAGGUUCUAGUGCGGUUAAAGAUGAUCCUGUAUUAAAGAAGAAAAUGGAAUGGUCUGCUAGUCUCGUGGUUGCUUCUUUGGCUGGAGCCUUUGGAUCCUCCUUCCUGUAUGGUUACAAUCUUUCUGUAGUGAAUGCUCCAACAGUGUUCAUCAAGAAGUUUUACAAUGAAAGUUGGGAAAGAAGCUAUAACCAGUCAAUAACAGAACAGUCUGUUACGCUGCUCUGGACUAUAUCCGUUUCUAUAUUUGCCAUCGGUGGACUUGUGGGUGCGUUGAUUGUUACUCCUGCUGUCAAAUAUUUUGGCCGAAAACGUACGUUGCUGCUAAAUAAUAUAUUUGCCAUUACGGCUGCCCUGUUGAUGGCAUUUUCUCAACUGGCAGGAAUUUUCGGAAUGAUUAUUCUGGGACGAUUUAUAAUGGGCAUUGAUGGAGGUGUAUCUCUCAGUGCCCUUCCAAUGUAUUUGAGUGAAAUUUCUCCCAAGCAGAUCCGUGGUUCAUUAGGACAAAUUACAGCAAUUCUCAUCUGUGUUGGUGUCUUCACUGGACAGGUUUUGGGCCUACCGGAGAUAUUUGGGAAGGAAUCCCUGUGGCCCUACCUAUUUGGAAUCAUCAUUGUUCCAUCACUUGUCCAAAUUGGAGUCUUGCCUUUUCUUCCAGAAAGUCCUCGCUUCCUCUUGCUUGAAAAACAUGACACAAAGGCAGCAGAAAAGGCAUUUCAGACCUUCCUUGGGAGAACGGAUGUGUCAUAUGAGAUAGCAGAAGUUUUGGAAGAGAGUCGAGUGCAAAGAAACAUCCAAGUAGCUUCGGUCUUUCAGCUGCUGCGUGAUUGUAGUAAGCGAUGGCAGAUUCUGACCAUCAUUGCAACCAUGGCUUGCUACCAACUCUGUGGCCUUAAUGCUAUUUGGUUCUACACAAAUGAUAUUUUCAAGGGAGCCGGACUAAGUCAGGAAAUGAUCCCAUACGUUACCUUAAGCACAGGAGCUGUUGAGAUUUUGGCCGCUGUUUUCUCAGGCUUAGUGAUAGAACGGGUUGGACGCAGACCGCUUCUGAUUGGGGGAUUUAGCUUGAUGGCUCUCUUUUUUAUAAUACUUACUGUGUGUAUGACUUUACAGAAUCAAGCAAUAUGGCUUCGAUACUUAAGCAUAGUCUGCAUUCUUGCAAUAAUUGCAUCAUUUUGCACUGGACCAGGUGGGAUCCCAUUUGUUUUAACGGGAGAGAUCUUUCCACAGUCUCAAAGGCCAGCUGCGUUUAUGAUUGCUGGCAUAAUCAACUGGCUCUCCAACUUUGCAGUUGGACUUCUUUUUCCAUUCAUUCAGAAAGCUUUGCAGACAUAUUGUUUCCUGGUCUUUGCUGCCGUCUGUCUUGCUGGUGCCACUUUCCUUUUCUUUGUUUUGCCUGAAACAAAAAACAAGACUCUGGCUGAAAUCAACCUGGCAUUUGACAAAAAGAAGAAGGUGCCUUUAGAACUCCGUGAAAUGGAUCAUCAGUUUGGAGCCAAGGGAAAACCAAGUGAAGAACAUGAAUCCAACUCAUCUUCCACACUGGAAAAUGGAAAAGUCAAGAGCAGAGUAGUCUAAAGCUGAUUCUUUAAUAUUAUUUUUGCAUUGAUAUGAAAAUUACUCUUUCAGCACAGACUUUUUUUUUUGUUUGCCUUAAUGUGGUUGUGUGGGGGUGCUAGGGGGCAGUGUUUUUGUAACUGGGGUUGAUCUGUGGUACAAGAUGUGGGAAGGUACAAUGCAAUAUUAACAAAGGCAAAUAAUGGAAAGUAGAGUUGUUUAAGAAAGGGAACUUUCCAUGGAUUUAUUUAAAUAUAUACAAAUCAAACGUGCAGACAGAAGUGGCCAGUCACAUUUCAAAUGGGAUGCACUCAGCAAAAAUGGGUUGCCAUCUCUCUUCAUGAAGGCCCACAUAUUUCAAGUUUUUGGUGCCUGUCACUGAGGUUCGUUCAUCACUGAAAAUAAUCUACCGCUGGCCUUACUAUCCCAGCCCACUGACUUGCCAUUUGUGGAAUAAGAGGCCCAUUAAUUUUUCUGAAAAACUUUUCCAAGAUGCUACUAAGUCUGAAGUAGCAAAGCUGUGGCAGCAGAGUCAAAGACAGCAUAGGGAAAAAUCUCACCUGUAAAGCCGUUUGCAUCUUGGCUAUGGCUGGCUCGCUCUUUUCACUUACACCUGCAGGAGGAGUGGUAACAGCAGCCAGCAACUUUCCACGUGGCACACAGCUCAAGAGAUAUAUACUGCUGCAAUAAAGUAGGAGGCAUUCCUGCAAAACUACAGUGGAAGUUUCGUCCAUCAUGGAGAUGGUGACUUCUUCCAUGUUGGAUCAUCAGAUCAAGAGCUGCUCACUUGCUGGGCUUUUAGCAAUUUUCUGAGAAUUAUUUUGAAAGGAAGAACUGUUAAACAUGUAACAUUAUGUGUCAUGAUGGAUUUCUUGGAAUGUAAAGUGAGUCCACAUAUUCAAUUCUCAGGUCUUACGAUCUUUUUCUCAGUCCCUUCUAAAUGAAAUCAGGUCUCUGCUAUGUUUUUGUGAGGAUUUUUUAAACAUUCAUUUACAAACAGUUGUUGUUGGAGCAUCUUUGUAAAUAAAAUUAAACUGUCCUUAUUUUGAAACUUGACCAACAAUAUAUAGUGUAUACAUUUAUCUUUAGCUGGAUCCAGUCACUGUAGUAGUAUAAAUAGUUUAUGUUUGGAUUGUGAUAAUUUUUUAAAUGUGAUCAUUUUUAAUGGCAUACAGAUAGUUAGCUCUAAAGAGCGCAGAGUUUCAGAGGACAGAUUCCAGUAGUCUCGGCAUUGACUGCCAGCCUGGAUGCCAGGCUUGCCCAGCCUAGCUCUGUGCAGCAGUGCCAAAGACGUGGCUUAUCUUUAACCAAAACAUCAAAGGGAAAUUGGCACUGUGUUUGCAUCAAAAUUGUACUGUUAGCUUCACUUGAACCACACUGAAAUCAAACUGGAAAAAUUAGGAUCAAUAAUUGAUCCUAACUCACUGUGGAAACCACUAAUUGUUUGGAGCUUGAACUAGGUCCUUACUCUGCAUUCUCUUAUUUCCUUUAUUUUUCCAUUCUGUAUAAUUACUGUUUGUCUGAGCAGGGCUUGUACAUUCAGUUGAGCUUUGUUUCGCUUUAGUGUUGGGAGUUAGAAGCAUGUCAAUAUGCCCGGAUUUGGUUCAUCUUAGGACGUGCAUGCCGGCCUUUCAAAGCUCUAGAUGCCACAGAGCAGCUACAUUUCUGUAAUAGUGCUGUUGAUGGGUAAAUGGAAUGUGAUAAAUAGACCUCUGAAUUGGAUGUAGCUGAGGCUUAACCUGAGCCUCCAUUAAAACAAAGUGCAGCUCCCUUUUCAGCUUCCUAAAGACUAUCGAGACUGUUCCCCCAGCACUGCAAGAAAAAUAGGGAUGGCAAAUGAAGCCUGGCACCUGUCUGCACAGCUCUGGGGAAUUGCCUGGUCUUUAGUGGCUGGGGCUGGCCAAGAUUAUGCCCCUUCAGUAUCAAUUGCCAACUCUCCUAUUCCAAUGGCUUGUCACUGAUGAAAUGUUUGUUCUGCUCUGUUUUUGCCAAGCCUCCAGCCUUGAAAGUUUCCCUUAUCCAGUCCCAGGAGCACUGUUUCAGCAUACCUGGUGGUCUGUGGAAGCAAUUUCCCAGAGUAUCGGUAUGUUCUGUUUCCUCACAACCAGCUUAUUGUGCCUCACCUAGUACUGCUUGAGACUUGCAGGUGAGCCAUGUGCUCCUGUGUGAGAGUUGUCCAUGUAGCUGCUAGGAGAUAUCUAGACACUUAAAGCACAUGCAUGCGUGUGUGUGUGUGUGCGCGCACAGAGAGAGAAAGAGAGGGGCGGGGAACUAGCUUAGUUCCAGGAUUCUUGCCUCCUUGGUUCCUAACAAUUGCAGCCUCAUUGGUUCUUAACAAUGUCCAAUUAUAGCAUGUGUUGAACUAUUAAAUACUGAUAAAGGCAAUUUAAAAAUGUGGGCAUGCUGACCUCAGUAAAUUUUACUAAGCUCUUGAAGGGCAGGAUUUCCUUUAUAACUGAUUGCACAAAUAUUUGCAAUCAUAUCCAAAUAGACUGUGGAGUUUUCUAAGGCUGAGACAACAUCCAAUGUUUUAUUCACCAUGUCCAUUUUUCUUGUAAAAUGAUAAUCAUGCCUCUUUGUAGAACUGCCUAUUAAAAAUGAUGAAGAAAUCCAGGCUUCUAGUGCAGGUGUGGAUGGGAAUAAACAGGCUUCCUCCCAAACAAAAUACAAGAGCACUUUUUUAGCUCAGCUUAUUUUAUGUGGGCAAUUGAGUUUUGAAUGUUUUUUUUAAAGGAAAAUGGAGGCUAAAGCAAUCAGCAUGCUUGAGCCUCUUAUAGUAUGCUGGAGGGAUGCUUCGGGCUGUGCAUGGGUGCACUGUAAGGCUUAAAAAUUCUUCUCACGCAGACUUGCAUACUACAUGGGGGUGUUUUAGAAGGGUGUUAGGCCUUCAGGCAGGAUCCAGGUUCAAGACUGGCCACCAGCCUCAUGCUCAAGCCUUUUCAUACUGGAAAGAGGAAGAAGGUUUCAAAAAGUAUUUUUAAGUCCCUUCCUGGAACAGUCCUCUUCCUUUUUGUGAUCUGGGACUGCAGUGCUACAACUUAGCUGGAGGAAAGCACUUCUAUAGGGCUCUAGGAACAUAUUUGCAAUAUGUUAUUGCAAUUCUCACUUGUCAUUUCUUUUAUGAACCAUUCCAUGAGAGUGGAUCUAACAGAGCUUAAUGUGAAGUAUAAACUCCUUUUCUGUGGAAAACUAAUUUUUCAAAAGGGAAAUAUUCCAUGUUAGUACAUGUUAGAGCAGUAUUCUAACCUUUUCAGGUCAUAGUUAGCCCAAAUACUCAUUUGGGGAGUCAGUUCUUAAUUUUUACUAUAUAUCUAUAAAGCUGCUGUUGGAAUCUACCUUAGACAGACUGUGAAUCAUGGUGGGUCCCAAUCCACCAGUUGAUCAGUAUGGAAAGAAACACUUCCAUCUGCCAACCAUCUGGAAAUCCUUGUUUCUGCAGACCCUCACAAUUUCCAUUCUUUUGCUGUGAUAACUUCAGUAGGAUGAGAAAAUGAGCACCACUGAUAUCUGUUAGGAUAUGUUUCAAUAAAUGCUAACCUUAGGUUGUAAUCCUAUACCUAUAUAACAGAGGAAGCACUACUUUAUAGUAGUGUUUAUUGUUAAAACCAGGUAACUGUUAGCUUAUGGGGGUUUUGUUGUUGUUGUUUUGUUUUUGUUUUGUCUCUUCAGUGGCUUUCAGGAUUCUCAUGUACCAUCUAAAAGUUUAGGUCUUGAAUCCAACAAAUAAUGGGGUCAAUAUAUGCAUGUGACAAAUGAUACAAUGAAUGUAAUCCACAAUUAAUAAAGUAUGGCUGCUAUUUUUUUACUUAAGU